AUGACCGAGUGUCAAGCGCAGGGGCGCAAGCGAAAGCGCUUCAUUCCUCUUGAGAACAACCCCGAAGUCAUGACGAAGCUCCUCCACAGACUCGGCCUCUCUCCCGGCCUCCAAUUCCACGACGUCUGGAGCAUCGACGACCCCGACCUCCUCGCCUUCGUUCCCCGACCGGCCUACGCCUUGCUUCUUGUCUUUCCCGUAAGCGAUACCUACGAAAAGUUCAGGCACGAGGAGGACAAAGCGAAAGAAGUAUACACCGGCUCAGGAGACGGCGAGGAUGUGAUAUGGUACAAGCAGACAAUAGGCAACGCGUGCGGACUGAUUGGAUUACUGCACGGCGUGAGCAACGGCCCCGCUCGAUCACAAGUGCAACAGGGCAGCGAUCUGGACACAUUGAUCCAAAAGGCCAUCCCGCUCAAGCCUAUGGAUCGCGCAGAGUUGUUGGAAGAUACCGACGCGCUGGAGAGCGCGCAUCAAGAAGCUGCGUCCACGGGCGACACGGCCGCGCCGAAUGCUGAUGACUCCAUCGACCUGCAUUACGUGUGCUUUGUGAAGAGUGAGAAGACGGGGCACUUGUACGAGCUUGAUGGCAGGCGGAAAGGGCCUCUGGAUCGCGGGUCUUUGCAGCCGGACGAGGAUGUCUUGAGUGAUGCGGCGCUUGAGAAGGGGGUGCGAGCCUUCUUGAAGAGGGAGGAAGCGGCUGGCGGUGGGGAGUUGAGGUUUAGCCUGAUCGUGUUGGCCGAGGGAUUUGACUGA